GGAAGCGGGUGGCAGAAACUAACGUCCUCGUUAUCAACGCAAUUAUUGCGUUCCGAAUACUGAUCAUGCUUUGUUGAUGUUGCCCAGGAAACGACUAGCUUCUUCGCACCGGAUCGCUUCCCGUUUGAAACGCUUCCUAGUUCCUAGAAUCACAUCGCCUGCUAGAGUGCAGUAAUUGACCACCCAUUUGCUUCCGCUUCACGUAUCGCUUCAUGUGUCUUUCCGUCUCUUUCGCCACCACGGGAGCGGCACCGUGAAAAUACCUGAAGUUCAGAAGCCAAGGUGAUCAUAUCAGUUUUCAUUGUCCGCUCCAUCGCCUCCACUGGGACGCUGGUCCGACGUCUUCAUCGGAGCAGGGAAAAAGGGUCCGAGUAGGAAAGAACUCGUCGUCGGGAAGUAAUCGACGGCACGCAGCAGGACGAUCAUCUGCCUUCAAGUCCUAUCGGAGUGACCCAACAAUUUGGGGAGGCAACCGGAACUGGUUUGGGGCUAGAAAUGGCGGGUCCCAAAACCAUCGAUCCCGAAUUGGUCAUCUCCCACCAAUUCCCCGAGGGAGAUUUCACUUAUUCAGAAAGAGACGUGGUACUUUAUGCCCUUGGUGUGGGAGCAUGUUCAGGAAAUGCUGUGGAUGAAAAAGAGUUGAAGUAUGUCUACCAUAACUUGGGUCAACCAUUUGUCAAGGUUUUACCAACGUUUGCUGUCUUAUUUCCAUUUCAACUUGUCAAUCAGCUUAUGCGAUUGCCAGGUCUUCAGUUCAAUCCAGCUUUACUAUUACAUGGCCAACAAUAUCUGGAGAUUUGCAAGCCUCUUCCCACAAGUUGCAAUGUAAGAAAUGAAGCAGUUGUUGCUGGCCUUCAUGAUAAAGGGAAGGCGGCUGUUAUUGAGAUUGAAACUACUAGUUAUGACAGGGAGUCUGGUGAAGCUCUUUGCAAAAACCGGAGCACUCUGUAUUUACGUGGUGCUGGUGGUUUCUCAAAGUCAUCAUCUAUGUACACAUAUUCCAGGAAUGCAGCAAAGAUGAAUUUCUCAACUGGGUUCCCUGACACUCCACCGUUUGCAAUUCAUGAGGAAUCUACACAAUCAUCUCAGGCACUGUUGUAUCGUCUAUCUGGUGAUUAUAACCCUUUGCAUUCAGAUCCUGUAGUUGCCAAUAUUGCAGGGUUCUCUCGCCCGAUAUUGCAUGGCCUGUGCACAUUAGGAUUUGCAGUUCGUGCAGUCAUCAAGUGUUGCUGUCAUGGCGAGCCGAACAUGGUGAAGAGCCUAAUGGGUCGCUUCCUCUUGCAUGUUUAUCCUGGGGAGACCUUGAUUACAGAGAUGUGGUUAGAACAAGAGAGGGUGGUGUACCGCACUAUGGUGAAAGAGAGGAGCCAGGCUGUGUUUUCUGGUUUUGUGGUGUUAAACCGUUUACCUUCAGCCAUGUGAAUUCUGUUUUUUAUGUGAAAAAUGAUCACAAUAAUCUUGUUUGGAUGCAAUGAGCAGAUCUAUAUACAAUCCAAUUGCAACCUAAUUGACAUCCUUUGCUUCA